AUGUCGACCGUCCAGAGCGUCCAGUGCUUCGGCAAGAAGAAGACUGCCACCGCCGUCGCACACUGCAAGCAGGGCAAGGGCCUGAUCAAGGUCAACGGCCGCCCUCUCUCGCUCGUCGAGCCCCAGAUCCUCCGAUUCAAGGUCUACGAGCCUGUCCUCAUCCUCGGCCUUGACAAGUUCGCCGAUGUUGACAUUCGCGUCCGAGUCCGUGGUGGUGGUCACACUUCCCAGGUCUACGCCAUCCGACAAGCCAUUGCCAAGUCCAUCAUCGCCUACUAUCAGAAGUACAUCGACGAGCACAGCAAGAACCAGCUCAAGCAGGCCCUCGUCGCAUACGACCGUACCCUCCUCGUGGCCGACAACAGACGCUGCGAGCCCAAGAAGUUCGGGGGUCCAGGUGCCCGCGCCCGUUACCAGAAGUCUUACCGGUAG